AAUGCAAAAAGGAAAGAAAGAGAGGUAGAAGAAUAUAAUGCAAAGUGCAAACAAUGCAAUGCAACUGUUUCUCUUUUUCACUUGGACCCAUUUCUUUAAUAUGGAAAGAAUUAUAAGUACUUAGUAGUUCACAGCUCAACCCACCUCUAUUUCAAACCUCUCAAUUCACCACAUUUUUCCUUCACACACUCCAUCAACAAUAAUGGACAUGGAAGAAUCAAACACCAUGGAAACACAACUUCAACCAACCACCUCCUCCUCCUCCUCCUCCUCCUCCGACCAACAACAACAACAACAACCCACAACCAAGGACAAAAAAACAAAGAAAAACAACGUUAACACCAAUCAUACCAACCACCCAACGUACAGAGGAGUGCGCAUGCGCCAAUGGGGCAAAUGGGUAUCCGAAAUCAGAGAGCCCAGGAAGAAGUCAAGAAUUUGGCUUGGAACUUUUCCCACGCCGGACAUGGCGGCGCGAGCCCACGACGUGGCGGCUCUCACCAUCAAAGGCACCUCCGCCUUCCUCAAUUUCCCCGAAUUAGCCGCCGACCUGCCCCGCCCGGCCACCAACUCCCCCAAGGAUAUCCAACUGGCCGCCGCCAAAGCCGCCGCCUUGGAUUUCCGCCCUCGGAGCCAUGAAGCCGAGUCCGAGCUGAGCCGAGGCGGCUCCAUUUCCAAUUCUUCAUCGAAUUCGUCGUUGAACAGUGAGGAUGACACAUUCAUGGACCUUCCCGAUCUCUCGCCGGACUUGAGCCAUGGAGUCGAUGAGUUUCAUUAUUCCUCGGCUUGGCUUGUAGCCGGCCCCGAACUGGGGUUUCGGCUCGAAGAGCCUUUUCUUUGGGAAUCCUAUUAAGUUACCUUACUGAAACCAAGUAGGCCAAUUUUCUUUUUUUUGCAGUUUCUUUUUCUCUUUUUAUUUUUUCCUUUGUUCCUUUCGCUUUUGGGCUACUUGCUACGACAACCUUGAAAGAAUGAACUGAAGUGUCUCUCGAAUAUGGCAGCAUGACGUGGGGGGUGUCAAACUUGAUCAGUGUCUGUCCGUCAUCACAAAUAAUCAAGUUUCACUGAACCCACUCUCCAUAGUUUUUUUAUGCAAGAAUUUAUGUAAAUACUAAAAAACCCUAUCUAUCAUUUUCAGAGGAAAUAGCUAAGUUCAUAUUCCUCCAUUUGUUGUAAAUUUCCCUCACCUGUCAUCUGUAUAUCUCCUCCUGUUUGUCUAAUUUUAGUUCAAUCAUGUAUGGGUGAAUGUGGAAUAAAGUUCAGCUGGGUAUUUUUUUUAUGUAUAUUUUAUGGUUUUUCAUGACUA